AUGUUUAGCCGACGUGUCUUUGGCAGUUCGGCUAUUCCGCGGUCCAUGUACACGACUCUGCGGAUCAGUUCACAGGCGCAGGCCCGCCGGAUGCUGCCGAGUCUUGUCCCACUCGCACCCGGACUGGCCGCCUCCACUCGGGCCGUCACUCCACUCGCGCAGUGUAUUUCACUCUCAAUGCCGGUACUCGAAACAGCAGAAUUGGAUCCCAUACUCUUACACGAUUACAUGGAAAGUAUUUCUCCUGUACGUGUUGGAUUUUUACGAUUGCUGGAAUUAUGGGGUAUUGGGCGUACAGUGAUGUCUAGGCCGUUUAAUUGA